CGUCUAUGCGAUAGAGAUAAAGCAUGGAGAACGAGGGAGAAGAACAUGGCUGUGCGCAGGAGAAAGUCACCAUGAUUGACGAUUGUUGCAGCGAACAAUCGAAUAGCACCAAAAUAAGUCAUAAACAAUGGAGAGGAAGACUAAAGAGAGAGAGACGACGUCAGAAAAGACAAGAACAUGCCAGGCAGUCUACAGCAAGUACAGGAACGGAAAGAUUAGAAAUUGAAAUUGUGGAUGAAGAGUUUGACAGACUGAAGCAACAAAGAGAUGAAGCUGAGAGAGCAUACCUCCAUUCGCAAUGGCUCGAGCGAGAGAAACAAGCACAGCAGCAAUGGAAGAGAAAGAAGGAAAGAGAAAUAGUGGAAAAACAGAAGCGAGAGGAACAAGAAAAAAAGAUCAAGGAAGAAUGGGAAGAACAACAGAGAAAGGAAAAAGAAGAACAAGAAAAGAAAGACCAGAAGGAUAAAGAAAAGAAGUCUCGCCAGGAGGAUCUUCUUCGUCAGGCUACAGCCAAUGAAAAUAAGGAUGGAGAUGACCAGCCAUGGCAUAACCCCAUUGUCCGAGUUGUCCAGGGGAAGGAGAGAGACAAGUGUCCAUUUUUUGCUAAAACAGCAGCAUGCCGGUUUGGUGACAGGUGUUCACGUACACAUCCCCAGACUGAGAGCAGCACCACUCUGUUGUUUCGCGGCAUGUACAGUCACUUUGAGCUGGAGCAGGGCCUGAUGGGCGAGGAAUAUGAUACAGAUCUAAUUCUUGAAUAUGAUGAUUCUGAACUCUACCAAAACUUCCGUGAGUUUUAUGAAGACAUUGUCCCAGAAUUCAAAGAUAUUGGUCAAGUGGUUCAGGUGAAAGUUUGCUGUAACUAUGAGCCCCAUCUCCGUGGAAAUGUCUACAUCCAGUACAGAAGAGAAGAUGAUGCUGCCUCAGCCUUUGUACAGUUCAAUGGUAGAUUUUAUGGUGGAAAGCAGCUGUCCUGUGAAUAUGUCACUAUCGUGAACUGGAAAUCAGCUAUUUGUGGUUUGUUUGGCAGUGGACGAUGCCCCAAAGGGAGAAACUGUAACUUCCUGCAUGUGUUCAAGAAUCCUGGCAAUGAAUUUUGGGAAGCAGAUCGUUAUGACAGAUAUAAACAAAGAAACUCACAAAGUACAAACAGAGAAUGGUCUGAGAGGUCAUCAAGUAGAAGGCAAAGAAAUAGGUCAAGAGAGAGAAGAAGAAGCAGGUCAAGAGAAAGAAGGAGAAGCAAAUCAAGGUCAAGAGAAAGGAGGAGAAGCAGAUCAAGGUCCAGAGAAAGAAGGAGAAGUAGAUCAAGGUCCAGAGAAAGAAGGAGAAGCAGGUCACCUAAUGGUGGAAGGUCAAAUAGGUCAAGAUCAUCAUCAAAAGACAAACUUAAUGAAUCAAACAGAAAGAAAAGGUCAAGAAAUCACUAUUCCAGGUCGAGAUCCAGGAGCAAAACUAGAGACAGAUUGAAAUCCAGAGAGAAAAGGUCUGCUUCAAGGUCAUUGUCCAGAGGUCGAUCAAGGUCACCAAGGAUGAGAAAGAAACGUUCUGAUUCAAGGUCACACUCCAGAGGUCGAUCACAUUCACUGAAGUCAAAGUUGAGCAAGAAACGGUCUUUCUCAAGGUCCCUGUCUAGAGGUCGAACAAGGUCUCCAUUGAAGUCUAAGUAUCAAAAUGAAAGAAAAGAUUCCAAGGUAGAGGACAUUUGUACUAUAACGGACGAUAUUGCUCAGAGUGAAAAUCAAUUAGUGUCAAAAUUUGAAGAAAAUGUUGAAAGACUUGAAAACAACAGAAAUGAACAAAGUUUAGAAACAGAAGUAAGAAACGACUUACAGGAAAACAGCAAUAGUUCAGAUUCUGAGAAAUCAACUCAAAAUCGUCAUCACAAAGACAAAAAACAUAAACAUAAGAAGAAACAUAAACAUAAAAAACAUAAAGUCACAUUAGAAUGGAUAGAGGCUUCUUGAAUUAACCAUAUCAUCUGUCAGUUUUUCACAGUAGAUUUAUUGCUGUAACACCUCUCACAACCAAUAUUUUGUUUACUCUUUUUGUUAAAAAAUGUAUUUUUGUGUCUACCAUGUUUUUUGGGUCAUCUUCAAAGAAGGACUAUUAAAAUCGAGAUUCCUCGUCUAUAUAACAACCUUAGUAAAACUAUUUUGAAAAAAUAAAAAAACGAUCCUUCCUACUCUAAUUUUUUCUGGCAUGUUGGUGGACACACACAUUAUUUUUUUAGGCCUUACUGUUGCAUACUUCUCGAAGUUACAAAGAGUUUUUUCCCGAAAUACGGAUCAUUCGUUAUUGUCUAUCUCAUGAUUAUAAAAACAUUCAGUUUACCCCCAAUGCUUAUCCAAUCGGGAUUCAAACGUUUUGAUUGUUGAUGACGUAACGACAGCAUUAGGAAGAGAGUUCCAAUGGUUAACAACCUGCUCACUGAAAGAAUAUUUUCUCAAAUUUAGUCUAUUUCUUCUUUUUAGUAGUGGCAGACUAUGUCCUCUUGUUAUCUUAUUAUUGUUUGGAAUUAACAAACCAGCAGUGACAGCUUUAUCGUAUCCUCCAUUUGUUAGUUUGUAUACUUGGAGAUCACUUAUGUUCAAAAUUUCAAACCAAGAAAAGUACUAUUAAAGACCAUAUUUUGACAAUGAAAUGCAUAUUUAGAGCUGCUUUGUCUUCUUGAAUUUCAAAAUUCUGAAUAAUUUCUUACUGGUACAGCUUGUCUUAAUUUACAGUCAAAAAUUGAGGCUCUCGCCCAAAUAGGAAAGGUUGGCAAGUGUGAAAAAGUGAUGAUAUUUACCACAAAGUAUGGAGAGUUGAUCAAGCAGAGCUACCAACAUCUUGAUAAUUUUAUUGAAUAUUACUGUAACAAAGUUAGGAUGGUAUACUACAUGAUUUUCUGUUCAUCUGUUGCUAUACAGGGUUAUGUCUGGACAACUUGUGAAGUUCUGUGGGUGUACAUGUAGUCGCCACAUACUGAAGUUUAGUACCUUGGUCUUCUUUUUUUUUUUAUCUGCUUAAUACUCUUAUGGCAGUUUUGUCCCUUUUAGUUUUAAUAGUAAACUGAACGUUGUCUUAACAAAACUUCAAGGACUUUUUGACUAAACUUUGUGGAAUAUCAUUUUGAGAGAAUUGGGGUGGAUUUGGGAGGAAGGUAUAAACGAGGCUUUUGCUCGCAAUUAAAGAUAUGAGCUAUAGUACCAUUACUGUGAAAAAAAGCUAAAUAGGGUUUAUAGGUUCAUAAGUUAUAAUUGAUUAUUAUUGAUAUGAAAAAAAUGUAAUCUUUCAGAAAUAUCUUGUUGUAAACCAACUCCAAAUUAUUGUUUAUUAAAAGUAUGUGUUGUGAAGAGCUCAUUUCGAAAGGGAGAAGCCUGUUUAGGGUUAGGUAGCACAUUCCUAUAAUGGUAUUAUCCGUCCUAUCAACUAUAGUAUACUGAUGGUGGAUAAGGUUUUAAAGCAAAUGCUCUGUGAUGACUCCUUUACGCAUUGCUGGACUUUUUGGUUCCCACUUGGAACUCUCUAGACUAGAAGUCAUACUUUGCCAAUUAAAUAAUGUAUUAAAGUCAGUGGACCAAAACUUCUGAAAUUUGA